AUGACAAUUACUCUCACGGGACAUGAGCAGCGUAAACGCCGGAGUAACGGUUCUAGCUCCGAUGAAGGGAAUUUGACCUCCGAUGGCUACGUUAGUGAGGACUUGCGUGUGGGAGACAUGGAUAUCUGUGCACUUCCGGUCCAAAGCAUCAGAAUCCCAAGAGUCAAUCAUCCGCAUUCACGUCUUUCUACCCCUGGGAACCCCGUACAAAGGGCAAUUCAAGGAAUCCUCGCAUCUCACAACAUCGCGUACAGGUCGAUCGAGUUUGUUGGCCGCCGAUCCAAGUGGGAUCCCCAUUCCCAACCGAAGACAACCGCCCUUGUCUUUGCGCGAAGAAAUAACAUCGACAAUACUUGGUUACAGGCCUGUAGGCAGAUUCGUACCUACCUCAUUCAACAAGGAUUGCCGGAAGUAUCGAUCGAAAUUGCAGACCCGAGGGCCUUCACCCCCGCCAACAUGAGCCCCAUAUUAAAUACAGACGCAAUCCACGGGAAAUGGCCAUCCGUCCGAGAGGCGAUAAUGAAAAACAUCAAUCUCCGAGACGUUCUCGUUGUCGGUUGUUAUCGGCAACUCGAAGAUGACACGAGCACUCCGACCGUCGUCAUUCUGGUAAAAAAUACCAGCACCAGAAUAUGGAAGCAUACCCGGGAGGUGGUGAUCGGGAUACUGACCGAUUUCAACCUACCAGGUGUCGCGGUUGACAUUUCCAAAGACGUCAUUCGUCGGGCUGGUCAUUGGGAGGGAGACUUUGAUGAAAGGUCAAUCCAGGAGCCCGUGCGUCCCGGAGAGAGUUUGGGGAUGAAUUCGGACCAUCGUCUCGCAGGCACCUUCGGGGGAUAUGUAGAGGUUAAAUCCCCUACCAGUGGGAAAUGGCGGACAUUUGGCCUCACCUGCUUCCACUGCGUCAUACCAACGAGGGAUAAGACCCCCCAAGAGAUUAAGACGGUGUGCGAAUAUUGGAGGCAGAAUGGCAUCCCAGUUUUUGAUAAACAAGCAGAAAAGGAACUACGCCUUCAUUCGCCGAGCCUGACAGAUCUGGACGCCAAGGUGCGGCGUCUGGAGAAGAAUAUCGGCGAGCUCUUGGAUUGCAACGCAUAUAUGUCCGGCACGGAGAUGGAAGCCGGAGGCUUGCUGGAAAUGCCGAGGAGCCAGCGGCAUGCCUUCUUGGCGACUAAGAAGCAAAUUUCCGAUGCCAGUGACCUUUAUAGGAAGAUAGGAGAAUUCCGGGACAAGGCGCAGUACCAGUUUGGCUUCGUUGCCGCCGGUUCGGGGCUCCGGGAGAAAAGGGUAAAGUCCAUCCCUAACAACAAUCUGCUUACAAAUGCAGACUGGGCCCUUAUAGAGGUGCCCCAGCACAGACUGGGAUCAAACAAGGUGAGCAAUUUGCCAAGCACCAUCGACCACCAGUGCGCAUUGUGGAGCUCCACCAUCCACAGGCCGGUGACCGAGCAAACCACCCUCCACAUUCACGGGAGUUCGGGCCAUUCGACGGGACGGUACAACGACCUUGCGCCGGCGUUCGUCACCGAAAAGGUGGUGAACGGAGAGAUAGUCACGGUCGAAACGGUGGAACAUUCUGCCCUUGGGGUGGGCGAUCAGCGUUUCUCCCGAGAGGGAGAUUCGGGUGCCCUCGUCCACCUGGUUGGGGGAUUGGUCAUCGGAAUGGUGUUUGCCGGAUCUGACACACGGAAUCUCAUUUUCUUUACAGAUAUCAGAGAUGUUUUCGACGAUAUCAAGGCCAGAGUGGGGGCCACCGAUAUCCGGCUGAGUUAG